AUGAAUGGCCUCCGUUUGGCCACCUCAAAAUGCACGCGACGAGCUGCAGUCUUCUCGCUACCCUCUCGGGCGUGGGGGACGCGUAGCAUCCACCGGAGACGGCCCCUUCCGUAUUCCAUCGAGGAGGGCCUCGGAAACUUUCUGCCGCCUCAGGCUUUGAAGGUUGUCGCGGAGGAUUACCAGGAGGGGCUGCUGGAGAGGCUCAAUGAGCAGAUAGCCAGAACCGACCUUGCGGGCAAACGCAUAUCAGACAUAGUCAUUCAGACGGCUGCUUACCGCCCCCAGGCUCUCAUCUUCAACUACGCAAGUCUUGCGCUAAAUAACAGUUUUUUCCUGGACCAGCUGAAACCCCCACCAAAACCCCCACAUCGCACGCACGAGGGUGAAAUAUCCAACGCGCUCCUGAACCGCAUCCGCGACGACUGGGGCAGCUUCCCAAACUUCGUCGACACGUUCGUCAACGCCGCCUCGGGGAUGUCGUCCGCGGGAUUCCUGUGGUUCGUCUGCGACACGCGCGGCAACACCGCUAUCCUCCCCACCCUCGGCUCAGGAACACUCCUGAUACGCUCGCGUUCGUAUAUCAACCCGGACCAAGGCCUGAUCGCGGGUGAGAGCAUGCAGCAGGAGUGGGAUGGGGCGGACGAUUUCGAUGCCCCUACGCCGGCGCCGUUGCAGAAAAGCACGCCGCCGGGUGUCUUCCCCUCGUCGCCCUUGUCCGGCGCGAGUGGCUCGCCGUCUGCGCAGAUGCCCAACCAGCCGCUAGCACGGUACUUGCACUCGUCGUCGGCCGUAGCCAACACCCCGUCGUACUACGACCCCUCCACGUACGUUUCGCCCUCGAAAGUCGAGCUCAUCAACGUCGGCGAGAAGCUCCUCCCCCUGUUCUGCGUGUCGCUGCACGAGCAUGCGUGGUUGAGCGCUGGGUACGGUGUGUGGGGCAAGGAGCAGUGGCUGAAGGAGUUCUGGACGGUGUUGGACUGGGGGAAGGUCAGCCAGAUGUACGAGAAGCACUGGACCAAGAUGCGAAACGUUUAG